GGACGUCGCUCUACACUGCUCUUGCUCCCGCAAAGCCGUCCCUUCUUGCCAUGUCUCAGAGCAGACAUCGCGCCGCGGCUCCGCCGAUGGAGCGCGAGGACAGCGGAACCUUCAGUUUGGGGAAGAUGAUUACAGCUAAGCCAGGGAAAACACCGAUUCAGGUAUUACACGAAUACGGCAUGAAGACCAAGAACAUCCCGGUUUAUGAAUGUGAAAGAUCCGAUGUGCAAAUACACGUGCCCACUUUCACCUUCAGAGUAACCGUUGGUGACAUAACCUGCACAGGUGAAGGUACAAGUAAGAAGCUGGCGAAACAUAGAGCUGCAGAGGCUGCCAUAAACAUUUUGAAAGCCAAUGCAAGUAUUUGCUUUGCAGUUCCUGAUCCCUUAAUGCCUGACCCUUCCAAGCAACCAAAGAACCAGCUUAAUCCUAUUGGCUCAUUACAGGAAUUGGCUAUUCAUCAUGGCUGGAGACUUCCUGAAUAUACCCUUUCCCAGGAGGGAGGACCUGCUCAUAAGAGAGAAUAUACCACAAUUUGCAGGCUUGAAUCAUUCAUGGAAACUGGAAAGGGGGCAUCAAAGAAACAAGCCAAGAGAAAUGCUGCUGAGAAAUUUCUUGCCAAAUUCAGUAAUAUUUCUCCAGAGAACCACAUUUCUUUGACAAAUAUGGUGGGGCAUUCUUUAGGUUGUACUUGGCAUUCCUUAAGGAAUUCUCCUGGUGAAAAGAUCAACUUACUGAAAAGAAGCCUCCUCAGUAUUCCAAAUACAGAUUACAUCCAGCUGCUUAGUGAAAUUGCGAAGGAACAAGGUUUUAAUAUAACAUAUUUGGAUAUAGAAGAACUGAGUGCGAACGGACAGUACCAGUGUCUCGCUGAACUGUCCACCAGUCCCAUUACGGUCUGUCAUGGCUCGGGGAUCUCCUGCAGCAGUGCGCAGAGUGAUGCAGCUCACAAUGCUUUGCAGUAUUUAAAGAUAAUAGCAGAAAGAAAGUAAACUUGGAACAACUGAGAAAACCCUCCAGUAGCACCUAAGAAGUUCCCCUUUCACCCCGUCCCAAGUAAAACAUGUAUUAUAAUGUUUGAGUUUGUGUGUUGGUUUUAAAUCUCUUCAUAGAUUCCAUCAACACUCCAGAUUUAAUUAUCUCCUAGUAGUUGUUACUAAGAUGUUUUUAAUGGCUUCAACUUUGUAUUGGUAUAUUGUAUUUAUAAACUUUGUACCAUAGGCAGAGUGUAGCACCCAUUUUCC